GACUUUAUAUAGAAUCUGGACUGUGUAGCUACCGACCACCAUCUGUCGUCCGACUAUAGAUACUAAUCUCCACUGGUGAAGAGAUAAAGGGCGAAGCUGGAGAUGGCGCUUUGUCUUAGCCGCCCCUCGGCAUUCCUUCGUUCGAGGUAACCUCAGCCCAAGAAUUAUAAUCACCCCACGGUAUCCCCCGAAUAUUUAGACCUGCGUUAGACAAUUUUUACAGUUGGGCAGAAAGGUUGUCCCGGAGAGGGAGAAAGACAAACAGGGAAAGAGAGAGAAAGAAGGAGGAGGAGGAGGAAUGGAAGAAAGGGAACCAAAGGAAUGAAGCGGAAUCUAUCUGGGUAUGCGUGGAGAAAGAGAGAAGGGGAGACCAGGAGCACCUGCGCGUUCCGCCUUCGACCACAUUCUUCGUGAUUUCCUCGAGAAAAAUGGCUCGGAAUUCUCGGCUGCUUUUGGUCACGAUCUGUGCAUCUCAUCGAGAAUGGUCCAGAGGAUCUUCUUCAAAAAGAGACUACUGGCAAUCGCGUACGAAGCUAGCCUGACACGAUUGCGAUAUCAUUCAUUACGGUUCUGGUCUAAUUGUAUGGUUAAUCUCGCACACAGUGGUAUGCCUGAAGCACUACGUGACACAGAUAGCAGAUUUUUCGUGAACCAAAAUGGGAAAGAUUCACAACUGUUUAAUGAAUUAGAAAGAUUAAAUGCUUAGAUAUAAUAUUAAAAAAAAAAAAAAGAAAUAGAAUCUGUCGACCAAAUUCGAAUUUCGAACCCCCGAAUACUUGGAAUAGUUGGAGCAGCUUUGAUGUAGGAGGUGAAAAGGUGUUUGGACGACCUCUCAAAUGUCGGCUAAAGAGAUGCCUGGAUAUUAUUUGCCCUGGCACACAAACGGCCUCCAACGUAGCCUCGAAAAGUAUUUUGCACAGCCGAUAUUUACGCAGGACAAACACACAAAAGGCACAAGGCAACAAGAAGCGAGGGGUGCGAGACGUACAAAACUAUACAAUGCGGUUUCCACGGACACGUAUGUAUAAUAUAUACAUAGUGAAUUACGAUAUCGUGAAUACUCGACCGCGCAUACACACGUUCUGCAUUCUUGCGUUAAACGAAAGAAGAAUACAUUUCCUUUAAUCGCGGGUCUAUCAAACGUAUAUCCAUCAAACGGAAAUAAACGACGAUGUUACGCAGAAUGUAAUUCGUUGAAACGUUAAUAACGAUUCGACGAACCGAUGGCUAUAAACAUUGUUAAUUACAAUCAGUCUUUAUAUCGCAAUCUGAGAUCUAUCAGCGGAUUUAUAAAUUAAGAAUUUCUUUCAAAUUUAAAGGAUUUAUGGAAUUUAUGGAAUUCUCGUUCGAUAAAAUUCAUAAAAAUUCGCAAUUGCACGAUGAGAUGUAAACGCUGAUAGAAAUAACUUACAAUUGGUCAAUGUAUUUGUAAAUUAAAAAUCAUAAUGUCUGCGGAGUCUUCGAAAAUUCUAAAAAAUUUUAAUAAGAAUCGUAAGUAAUGUAAUAACGUACAGUUGGAUGAUAUUAACUUAUCUCGUGUUUCUACAACCGGUACCAGCAACCUCUUAGGAGAAUGACGAAUGUUUUAUUGCGCUUAAACUACUUUCAAGUAUAAUGCAUGGUGGUAGUCACGGCUACCGUUUCCUACGUAUUAACAUUCAACACGGGUGAGCCAAAGUUGAAGAGAGCGCCGCGAGUUGGAGAAUCGUUUUAUGCCUACGAUGAAGCUUCCCUCUACUAGAUUGUGCGCGGUGUAGUGCCAAAAAUCCAACACAACAAAAAAGAUAAACAUUCGCUAAUUACGUGUAUGUACAGCAUAAGAAACAUACAAACUUGAAAGAAACGAAAAAAGAAUAAGAAAAAUGAUUGAUAGCUUUGAAGAUAUAAGAGAAUCAUGGCGCAUUCUAUUAAAAGAUUUUAAUUAAAAUUCACGUGUCAUUGUGUUGUUUUUAAUAUUAAAUUGACUUAUAAAUACGAAGAGAAGAUUUUGAAAAGAUUGAAAUCAAAAAGGCGCUCCAUUUUUCACUUGCAACGAACGCAUGGCGAAUAGCGAGACAUUAUAAUAUUAUACUCCGCACGAAGAAACAUGGAAUCUCAGUAUUUCGUGAAAAUUAUUAAUGAAAAAUACAUAGAUUGCUUACCUAAUUU